AAUGUGCAUUGGACAUGGAAGGACCGCGAACUUACCUCAAGGACGUUGUCAACCGUCCGCAAGAUGAUUCCUGAGGCAAUGACAUUUUGGGUUGUCAGCGCCCAUGUAGGAUGGAAUUAUUAUAUGAUGAGACCACUUUACGCACGUUUUUACCGAACAGUUCUAUUGGGAAUCGGUACUUAUGUGGCUUUUCGCGAAGUAGAAAAAGCAAUUAAGAAAAGGAAAGUGACUCAUCUCAAAGCUAUCGAUGUUUAUAAAUCCCAAUUUCCGGAGAGAGUUCCUGUAAAAAACUCCUUUCCUACUACCUGCUAGCGCUGAUUGACCAAACAUAUGCCAGUGAGCGUGCUCCAACGUAAUCAUGCAUUGGAUAUGCUUCAGUCCUCCCCUUUAAACGAAUUCUUGGGCCUAGCGGUAAAACCCACUUGCAUCAGCGUGACUGACCUGCUCCUUCGAUCAGUACAUCUAAGUUAUAAACAUGUGUCAUUGUUCGACAGCUCAACCACUGAUGUUAACGUUUCUGGAGGCUUAAUUUCGAUUGUAUUCUAGCUUCACUCGUCGCUGACGACCACAAUUGCUUUCAGUCGAUUUAAUAUGUUGGGAAGUCUGUUAUGCAUAUGUAUACAUUCAUUACCUUCUCCAUGUGGUUUGAUUGGCUGAUAAAUGGACGUUUAGCCUACCAAACUUACGGUGAAAUAAUGCAACCAUGGUACCCACUACGGUGAUUCUGUUUUACUGACAGCCAUAAACAAUUUAUACCUAAUGUACUUAGUUUAAAAUUAUGAAUAAAUUCAUUGUCAAAAAUAAUUUUAUUUAAUCCACUUCCUUUAAAUGUA